GAAUCAGUUAUAUAUUCUUGUCGAUCCCAUAUGGAGAGAAAAGAGAGAAAUCAUUGCCUUUGCCCCUUGAGUUGCACCUUGCCUGAACCGCAAAACGGGAGCAGACACCAUAUUCCUUAGCAGCGAAUGGUCAUUUAUAGCAAGAAGAAGGUCGCAUUUUACACACGGACAUCCUCGCUUCCAAUCCAAACAUGUCUUACAGUCUACUGAAAGAAGAGGAGGAGGGGGGAAUCACCGCCACGCAAGAUACUAGAUCCCUGCCUAUAUACCCCAGGGAAACCAGCAAAACUAUAGCACUGUCAAAAAUUGUCGCUCUCACUCUCUUAGUCGUGGCAGCCUCCUUUCUCGGUGGCCUCUUUGCCCUGCUGGGAUACCGCGUGCCCACAUUCGCCAUUCCUUCAUCAUCAUCAUCACCUUCUUCUUCUUCUUCUUCCUCCUCUCCUUCUCCGACCUCCCCCUUCUUUCCAAAAUCAACACCACACAAGAUCACCGAACUACAAUGUGGCACCUCCCCAGCUGAGGCCCGAUCCCUCGGCUGCGUACUAGAUCUUGUAGCCAUGAGCUGGGUACGCCCAGCCUGCUACGACAAGGAGUUGACCGAGGAGUUCCUCGCUGUGAGGAACUGGACCUGGACUACAGACCCAUGGGGCAAGCAUCAUCUCUCUAAGUCUGAGGUGCUUGACGGUGACUGGGAAUACGUUUAUGUCGACCAUUGGUACCAUGUGACACAUUGUGCCUUCAUGUGGCGGCGUAUGGCGCGGGCAGUUCACGCCGGAAACCUGGGGGUGUUGGAUAGUUAUACGGCGGCCUAUGACCACAUCGAACAUUGUGGUGAUCGGCUGGUGGCUAAUACGGGCGAGGAGGUGGUUGGUGUACCGGCCAUCCUCAAGUAUCCAUCUUGUGGACCGGGGAGUCUGGGUCAGGAGCCCCCGGCGUAUUGGAUCUAUGAGGGGGAGGUGCAGUAUAAUACGAAGAAGCAGAAAGGGCUUUAUGCGGAUCAUAUGAAAAUGGAGGAGGAGUAG